AUGUCUUUCCUCGCACGCAACUUUCUCGGUCAGACAAGAUCGAGGCUGUCUCGCCAGGCUCUUUCCACCUCAGCAUGGGGUAUCCGUCACGAGUCGUCUUCUUCUGCUGCCCAAGCCACGGUGGCAUCCAGCUCCACAUCCAGCGAAGCAGCACCAGCGACGCACUAUCGCAUCACGCUCCGACGAUCGGGGAUCGGCAUGCCCGAGAAGAUCAACCGAACUCUGCAAGGUCUUGGUCUCAAGAAGCGCCUUCAAUCGGUGUACCGCCCCAUUGGUGCCGACAUGGCGGGUGCCAUCCUGGCCGUCAAGGAGCUCGUCCACGUCGAGAACGUCCGUCGGCUGCAGGAGGCGGAUCAGAUGCUGCUGAGCGACGAGGAGGCCAUCUGGGUCAACGAGACUGGCGAGAUUGUCGACCCUGGCAAAGCCGCAAAGAAGGCGCCCCGCGGCUACAAAAUUGUCGGCAACGUUGUGAGCGAGGUGCGUGACCAGCAGAUCAAGAGCGGCUCUUCUGCAUAG